AUGGCCUUCAGCCAUGACCGCAAGCUCGUGGCCACUGGCGAGGUUGGCCCCAAGCCCUUCCUCCACAUCUGGGAUGUGGAGUCUCUCGAGCCGGUCUUUUCUUCGAAGUUUGUCCUCGAAAAGGGGAUCUGCUGCUGCGCCUUCUCGCCUGACAACGAGCUGGUGGCCUGCGCCGCCAUCAACGACGAUCAUAACGUGGCCGUGGUGUCGUUCGUGACGGUGGGCAUCAAGCACUACUGCCACUGGAAGAUCGAGGGCAAGAAGCUGACAAAGACGAAGGGCAAGGUCAGUCGGAAUAACUGCCUGCUGGUCAGCGUGAUCGCAGAUGGGGACCGGGUGCUCACGGGGUCCGGGGAAAACUACCUGACGGAGUGGCGCGGCACGAGCAACCCCAUCCUUGACGAAGACUCGGUUUGCCUCUCGAUCCGCAGUAUCGACUGCCUGGUGGACGGGACCUUCCUGGUUGGCACUCUCGGCUCUGAGAUCUACGAGGUGACGCUUUGGAAGGAGGGCAAAUUCAGCCCCGGCAAGACGGGAGUCGAUUCUUUCAAGAAGAUCAAUUGCGGACACUACGCGCCCAACCAGAAAUGGCUGAACGAAGUGUGGGGGCUGGUCGUGCACCCCGACGGCGAGCACAUCCUGAGCUGCGGGGACGAUGCCACCCUCAGAGUGCUGCACAUAGCCUCCCGGACUGCCAAGGCCAUCAUCUCCCUGAAUUUCGGGGUGAAGGCGAUCAACGUCAGGCCGCGAGUCUACAUGAACGCGGACCGGCGGGAGGGGUACAUGCUGGCGCCCGACCCUGCGACGAAAGACCUAGUGGGAUCAGCAAAGGGCCGGUGCCUGUGUGUGAGCGAGAAGUCGCACCUAGUAGGGGUGGGCUGCCUGGACGGCACGAUCCGGCUGUUCAACCAGGACUACGUUCCCCAGUUCAUAAUCAAGCACGCCAAGAAAGAGAUCUCGGACAUCAAGUUCAGCCCUGACGAGGACCACCUGAUAGUGGCCUCGCAUGACUCGCAUAUCUACGUCUACAACUACAACGGAGAGACCUUCGCCCCCACCUACCGUCCCAUCAAGAAGCACACCUCCGCAGUGCUGCAUUUCGACUUCUCCAAGGACGGCAGCUUCAUUCACAGCACCUGCCGCAGCUACGAACUGCUCUUCUUCGAGAUCAACCUGGGCAAGCAGAUGACUUCGGGUGCCACCUCCCUGCGCAACGAGCUGUGGCACACCUGGACAGUGCCACUCGGCUGGCCCGUCCAGGGCAUCUGGCCAGACUUUUCGGACGGCACCGACAUCAACGCCGUCGACCGCUCCCACGAGACGGUGGACGGCUCGGAGGUGAACUACCGGCUGCUGGCGACGGGCGAUGACUUCGGAAUGGUCAAGAUCUUCAAGUACCCCAGCCUGCACAAGAACUCGGUCUACGUGAAGGGCACAGGGCACUCCAGCCACGUGACCAACGUGCGGUUCGGACUGGCAGACGAACGGCUCUUCUCCGCGGGGGGAGAGGACCAAUGCAUCCUGCAAUGGCGGGUCAUCAAGCACCUAUGA